UCCAUCAAAUCAACUUAGUUUUUCAACUCAGACGACAUCACCCUUCGGAGAGUCAGAGCAAAUUUAAAUUGAAUUAAAUUCAAUGUAUUUAGAUUUUCCAGGUCUUUUAUAUUAAAUCUGAAUUAUUAUAGCAAGAACCCAGAAUACGGCGAAGUAAAGAUUUGAACGCCAUCGAAGUGUCUGCCCGUUAAAAUGGCCGAGCUUUUGUGCCGCGAAAAGGAACUGUUCAAAAUUAACCAGGAGCUGAAUCUGCUGUCCCUCAACUCCGCUGCCGAGGCCAUGUAUCCAGCCAAACCUUCGCCCGCCAUUGGCGGAGCGGCACCAACAAGAUAUGCAACCUUCCAGAAGCAGAAGGGUCCGAGCACCCUGCUCCGAAAGAAGAACGCAGCUACGUCCCAGGCGAAGCCGACACCCAAAAGUCCGCCGGGCAGGGAUGCGGCCGCCGCCGCCGCUGUUGUCAUGGCCCGAGCGGUGGCCACAUCGCCGCCGCCUGAUGCGAGUCUGCUGACCAAGUCGAAAGCGCCCGAUUGGAAGAACAACAAGUCCAUGGGCGCCACCACAGUAUCACCCCCAGGCAACCGCGGAGCGGCCAAGUUCAGCACCUUUACACGGGAUGUGAGCAGCAAGACGGCCAUGUUUGUGAAGUACCGGAAUCCCAAUUUCAGCGAGAGCCCUUCUCUGGACAUGCUGUUGCGGAACGCCUCCGAAGAAGCCACCAAGAACGAUGUCGUCGAGGUGGAGGUCACCCAGAAACGGGAGAGCACAACCGUGGUGAAUGGCCAGGCCAAGAAACAACUUACUCAGGAUAAUUUUAUCAAAUUCCUGAAGGCCAAGGUGGUCAUUCUCGAGGAGGACCAUGCCCAGCAAGCCAGUGAGCUGUCCCGCCAAAAGGAGCAGCUCGAGAAAGCUCUAGAGGCGCAACGCAAAUCGGAGAAUCAGCGCGACCAGACGCUGAACGCCAACAAGCACCUGACCGAGCAGCUAAUAAGGACGGAGCGGCAGUGCGAGGACUCUGGUCGACGGCAGAAGGAGCGACAGCAAGAGUUCACCAGCCAGCAGCGAGAGUUGGAGCAGCUGAAACGGGAGAGUAAAGUGGCCAGGCAAACGAACGUAAAUCUGGAGAACCGCCUGUCCCGUGCCCAGGAGGAUGCGGACACUGCUCGCCUGGAGCUCAAGCAGUUACGCGAGGAGCAGCGCGAGCAAUUGGACGCCCAGCGCAAGGAGUUGAAGCAGCGGGACAACCGUAUCCGGGCGCUGAAGCGACAGCGGAACGACCUGCUCAACGCCUACAAAAAGCAGCUGUACAUGAUCGACAACCUGAAGCGACAGACCAACUGCAUGGAGCAGUCGGCGGCCAUCGGAUUCGGCGAGAAGGAAUUCAACAAGGUGCUCGACUGGAAUUCCAAGACGUGAGCCCGUCCCCGGUCCAUGGAUAGUAGUAGCAUAAGUUAAUGCAAUGUAAAUAUCUUAAUUACAUUUGAUAGUCUCUCAUGCACAGCAGUCCCCAAA